GUUCUGGCUCCUAGGGAGGGAGGAUCAGACCUGGCUACAUCAGGACCCUUCUGUGACAUUCCCCCACCAGCCCUCACAGCAGAACCACUUGUGAUAUUUAUGCUGAGCAGAAGACCCCGUGGGAGCAGGCUGUCUGAGAAUGGGCUGGAAGGUGCUCGUCACAGCCUGGACACUGUUCUCCACUCCAGGAAUCAUCUCAAGCAAUGAGAGUGUGGGAGGAGGCUUGUGUGCUGAGAGUGGUAUCCAGGACCAGCUACCACAGCGCAGGGCUGAGGCAGAGGCCGAGGACAUUUUGGGGGAUCCAAAAAGGUGUCUCCAGCUCAUUUGCUCUCUUUCCUCACGUGACGAGACCCCAAGUGGGUCUGGGGAGACGGGGUGUCUUCGACUUUGUGGGAGCAGUCUCAGGACCUUCUGCUGUGGCGUGCCAGUUGAGAUCCAGGCUAACCCAGAGCUCUGUGUGAGUGAUGAGCAUGGCAGCUGUCCUUCAUAUGCUCCAAAAGGGACAGGAGGAGACACACAGUCACAGAAGCCAUCUUCACCAGCCCCCUGGGACCAGAACGUUUUGAACAUGAGUCGGGAAGGAAGGCUAAGUGCUAUUAACAGAGAAACACAGGCUCCUCCACACCGGGAUGACGGUGCUGACAGGAGCGUCAGGAACAUUGCCAGUCCCCGCUCCUGUCUUCUGUGCCUGUGUGAGACUGAACGAGCAGAUGGAUCAUUCUCCGGUCCCCAGCAGGGCACCUCUUCAGCGGCGGCCCUCUGCAGCCUGGAGAAGGAAGUUCUUUGCUAUGAAGGAUGGCUGUGUUCUGCGGAAGACAUGCCCAAGAUGCUGCUUCGGAGGUCCUCAGGUCCUCCUCCUGGCACCGCUUGUACCUGCAGCCUCCCCACAUCCUGGUACCAUGCCGAGAGUCCCCCUCCCGUUGCUCAGCAUCCUCCGGGGCCCAUCCCGGCCACACAGGCUGAAAAUGCUGGGCGCUUUGCAGUCUGCUACCUCCCAGAAACAGGUGCUCAGGCACCCCCGGCUCUGGGGAUCCGAGUUCAGCAGGCUUCCGGAACAGCUCUUUGUCUGCUGGUGGACUUUGGGGAUGGUCGUGGAGCGGGGACGAGCCUGUGUGCAGUGGCAGGUGCAGCCGCAGUGACUGGCUAUCACUGGUACAGGAAAGAAGGAGUCUACAAGCUCAGGGCUGUUGUCCAUGACGUUCAUGGAGCUGAUGUGGAGCUGGGACCUUAUUACGUGGACAUUGGCCGUGAGAACGUGUCUGUCUUCAUGAACUCCAGCUCUAUCCACGACGGCGAAGCUCUUUCCUUUGCCGACUCCCUCCCACAGCAGAAAGGCACAGUCGUGAUGCACUGCUUCUCGUCUGUUUCUUCAUACAAUGUGUCCUUUAUUUCUCAGACCCAAGUAGACAGCAGCCCGGCUUGGCUCGGUGUGACUGUGGGGUAUCAGAUGCAACCUGUGUCUAUCUGCACCAACGGGACUGCGUUUGCUGCAGACACAGACAUCACAUUUGUGGCUGUUACCAAGGAAACUCUACCCCUGGAGUUCACAUGGUAUUUGGGAGAUGACCCACCAGUGAGGACAACUUCCAGAAGCAUCAGAAGAAGGCUGAGCAUCCCUCAGUGGUACCCUGUGAUGGUCAAGGCCACCAGCAGGAUCGGCAGUGUGCUCUCCGAGUCUCACCUCAUCAGGGUACAGAAGAGAAUCAUAGCCAAUCGGCUAGUGUCCACUGCCUCAGCCCUGGUAAAGGCCAAUGUGUCCUUUGAGUGCAGGCUCAACUUUGGCACGGACGUGACCUACCUUUGGAACUUUGGAGAUGGGACCACUGAGCUGGGCAGAAGUUUCUCCAGCCAUGUCUACAGCAGGGAGGGGGAAUUUACAGUUGAAGUCCUCGCCUUCAAUAAUGUCAGCUCUGCCAUCCUACGAAAGCAACUUUUCAUCGUGCACGAGCCUUGCCAGCCACCCCCGGUGAAGAACAUGGGGCCUAAGCAGGUGCAGAUAUGGAGGUCUCAGCCCCUGAGACUAGGGGUGACAUUUGAAGCUGCAGUCCUCUGUAACAUGCCCCAAGGGCUUCUCUACACCUGGAGCAUUGUGGAUGCUCGGGCGACUGCUGUCACCCUCCCUGCUGCUGUCAACACCCACAGGCAGACCAUCAUGCUCCCAGGCUACACCCUGGAGUGUGGGAACUACUCUGCCGUGGCCAAGGUUCAGAUCAAGGGGAGCGUGGUGUACAGCAACUACUGUGUUGGCGUGGAGGUUCGACCCAGGGCUCCUGUCAGUGUGAUCUCUGAAGGCACGCACAUCUUCAUCCCCAGGGCCACCACCACCCCCGUCGUCCUCAGAGGGUUCCAGUCCUAUGACCCUGACAACCCGGGGGCUGCCCUCAGGUAUCACUGGACUUGCACUGCAGCCAGCUCGCCAAGGUGGCCCUGCUUUGAGGACUCUACUCUCUACCAAGUGGACACUCAGGCUCCUUCCAUUUCCUUCCCAGCAAAAUGGCUCAGCGAGUGCUGUGACCAGUUCCUUGUGACACUGACUGUCUCCAGCAAUGGACAGAACUCUUCUCGGGCCUUGAUAUUCCUGUCCACCCGUCCUGACCCAGCCUUCAGAUUCGUCCACAUCUCAUGGGUCCACUUUAGGGACACCCGUGUAAACUGGAAUGAGGAACUGUCUUUCAGAGCUGUGUGUGAAGACUGUGGCGAUGUACCAGACCUCACGUACUCCUGGGAUCUCUUCCUAGUCAAUGCGACAGAAAAGACUACGGUGGAAGUCCCCUUCUGCAGCACUGUGGGGCUGCUGGGCUCUUCGGCAUUUGGCGCCCUUCUGAAGUUGCCUCAGUCAGGCCUGCAGUCAAACUCCAGAGGAUCCCUGGCACUGCACUCACCACAGCAGUCACCCGUGCCCCCAAGCUGGACAGCUCUUCCCAACCUGGGAAGCACUUCCACGGAGUCCACAGCAGCUGACCCCCACAUUCCUAUGGCGGACCCCCUGGCAGGCUCAGGGGAACUCAUGGAGGACUAUGGCUCACUGAGUCCAGCACCAGAUUCCCUGGAAGAGCAAGCUUUGAUGAUGAGUACCCCAGAGGGAAGCUGGCCCCCUUCCAGCUCCUCCCCUGCCUUUGAUGAUUUUGAAGCCUAUUAUAGUGACAUCCAAGAAGAUGUGCCAUCCCAAGGAAGACAGCCAGGGACCAACUUCCAUGAAUCAGGACCAAGCAUGGUUGCUGAGGAGAGUGCCAGCGAUGGGGACAGACUACUGGGCCCUUCCCUCCACACAGGCAGAGCAAAGUCGGCUCUCAUGAUAGACUGGCCCAAGACCCUGGUCAGCCGAGCUGUAUUCCACGGCUACACCUCCUCAGGUAUUGUGGGACCAGCUGUGACAAUAAAACCAUUCUCACUGAGCAAAGGUGAGAUGUAUGUCUUACAGGCUUCCACAGCUUCAAAGCAUGUCUUACUAGGCAAAGCUCAGCUCUACAUAACCGUCAACCAAGUUCCACGAGACAUGUCCUGUCAGGUGCGACCCCACAGUGGUCUGGAGGCACAUACCAUCUUCAGUGUCUUCUGCAUGUCAGGGAGACCGGACUUUCAUUACGAAUUCCACUACCAGAUAGGAAACACUUCUCCACAUACCCUGUACCGUGGACGAGACACCCAAUACUAUUUUCUAUUGCCGGCUGGUGAGACCUCAGACAAUUACAAAGUCAUUGUUUCUACUGAGAUCACAGAUGGCCAAGGCUCCAAGGUGCAGCCGUGCACUGUGGAGGUGACUGUGCUGCCCCGUUACCAUGGAAAUGACUGCCCUGACAAGGACCUAUACGACUCCGCCCUGGAAACCCUGUCUUCUCUCCAGCUGGUGGGGAGUUACACGGAAGUCAGGAACUACAUCGCCAUGGCCACUGCCAUCCUGAGCCGCUUGCAUGCGGAGAGCAGAAACACAUCUACGUGUGGCCUUUGGUCACAGAUACAGGAUGUAUUGGUUUCUUCAGCAUGCAAAGUACCUUUUACAGACCAGGAAGCAAUGAUGGAUUCUAUUCAUAUAUUGAGAGACCUCAUAAACUUCCCUAAUAAGCUGAGCCUGAUGAGUGCCAUGCACAUCCUCAAAUACGCCCAGAUGUUCCUCACUCAAGGUCAGUUCUCCAGGAAGUUGCUGGUCAACAAAAAACUGGGAGUUGAACUUAUCCUUCUCAUCUCUGGAGUCUGGGAAGCUGCCAAAGAAGACACGACAAAUGAGGACUAUCUGCAAGAAGAAGGCAUGAUGAUCAUCUCCGACAUGUUACUAGCCUGCCUCUCCUUGAACCACCAGCGCCAGCUUCACAUAAGCACUGGGCAGGCGGAGUUCUGGACCCUUCUCCAUCACAGCUCCCAGAGUUCUGUCCAGAACCUGGGCUUCAUCGGGGUCCGUUUCCCUCGCGACAUGGCCUUGCACGGUCCUGCUCAAGAGGAGUCCCACAGUCCAUGCUACGUCAGCCAGCUCAUGGUCUUUAGGAGCAGCCCGUAUCCAGUCGGACAAGCUCCUGGACAGGUGGGUGCUGUGGUGAGACCUCGGCUCUACAGCUGCAAGAGCAGACAACCUAUUCUCAGAGGACGACUGGAGAUGCCUGUGACUGUGGAGUUCGGGGAGGAAGACCACUGGCACAAGAGAAAUCCCACCAUGUUCACACUGAUUCGGGAUGGAGUGAACCUCCACCGCUUCGUUGGGCUUUCUGAAAAACCCCAGGAAACAUUACAGAUACGCAUCGAAUUCUCUAAGCCAGUUACAAGAGCCUUCCCCAUCAUGCUGUUGGUAAGGUUCUCCAAGAAAGCCACGCCUUCUGAUUUUCUUGUGAAGCAGGUGUACUUCUGGGAUGAGCAGACUGUACAAAUUUAUGUUCCUGCUGUUCCAUUGAAAGGGGCCAACGUGGGGUAUUUGUCCCUAUUAGAUGCUGACUAUGACAGAAGACCUCCAAACAAAUAUCUUGCUGGGGCAGUAAACUAUACCGUGAAUUUCCAGUGGAUCCAGUGUGUGUUUUGGGAUAAGACAGGAUGGAGAUCCGAAGGUCCCCAUCCACAGCCAGGAAGUUCUCCUGAAAAAGUCAACUGCAGCUACCGUCGCCUCGCGCCUUUCUCUGUCCUGAGAAGAAAGCUGAGCGCCACCUUGGAAGUGAGCAGCAUUUCCGGGUUUAGGAGUCACCCACGCAACUUGCUUCCCGGUAUUUUCAGUGUGUUUCUCUUGGUUGUUUAUGGAUUUUUGAUGACUAAAAGCAGAUGUGUAGAUUGUCACAAGAAGAAGAAACCUGGCUGUAUUUUUCUGGAAGAAGAUACCCCACCUGGCCACCAGCUGUAUGCAGUCAUUGUUGACACUGGCUUCCGGUCACCAGCCCAAUUUACGUCAAAGGUUUUCAUUGUGUUAUGUGGUGAAAAUGGACUCUCAGAAACCAAAGAGCUCUGCUGUCCCCAGAUGUCCUUGUUUGGAAGGAAUUCCAGGCACACCUUUGUACUGAGCACUCCUAACCAAUUGGGACCACUGCGGAAGAUCCGCCUCUGGCACGACAGUAGUGGACCUUCCCCAAACUGGUUCAUCAGCCACAUGAUGGUGAAGGAGCUACAUUCAGGCCAAUGCUGGUUCUUCCCGGCCCAGUGCUGGCUGGCUGUGAGCCUAUGCGACGGCCGUGUGCAGCGAGAGCUCUUCUGCCAGCGCCAUGGUCUUGGCUUCUGGAAGCUUUUCUACUCCAAGCUCACCGAGUACCUGGAGGAUUUCCACAUUUGGCUCUCGCUGUACAGCCAGCCCCCCUCCAGCAGCUACCUACUCACACAGCGGCUUGCUGUGUCCUUCUGCCUCCUGUGCGUCUAUGCGUGCCUCACCGCCCUGGUCGCUGUGGGAGUUGGUGAACAGCGCUCCCUGGAUGUGGGUCCCACUGUGGAAUCCUUCAGUCUGGGUCUCCUGUGCACCACCCUGGCCUGUCCGCUCGCACAGCUCUUGUCACUGCUCUUCAGGUUCAGCAAGGCAACUGCAGGGCAUGGACGGGCUGCACCACAGUGGCCUCUAGGAGGAGUGAAGACAGAGGCACCUCAGGGCUCUGAUCACAGUGGGAGACAGAGUUGGAGGCAGCCAUUCCAGCAUCCUGCAUCAGACAUUCUCCCAGCAACCGACGGAGCUUGGAGGAUGGUGGCCAGUGGCAGUGGUGUGGCCUGUCCAUCCUUUCUUGCUGUGAGAGAGAGGAACCACCAACCUCCUCCCAGUUCACAAGCUCCCAGCAGUGGUUUUAAAGGACCUGUGCCCCAGCGGUCAAGGGUCUGUCUGCUCUGGUCAAGAUCUGUGGCUUGGGCCAUCUGUGGGUCGGUGUCCCUGUCCUGUGGUUUGGGGACAGGAUUCCUAGGCUACAGGUUUGUGCCAGCACAGUGUGUGUGGUGGCUGCACCUGCUGCUUCUCUCUGUGGUCUGCUGCAUGUUCGUCACCCAGCCACUCAUGAUCUGUUUGGCAGCGCUGGCCUUUGCUUGGAAAAGGAAACAUGACAGCCAGUUCUUUAUUGAAUCUUUGCAUGAUGCAACCAGGGACCUAGAUUUGGAAUUGGAAGAAUACUCCAGAGCCCACAUUCUUCAUUCUGGCAGCUCCUGUAGUCCUGACAGUGCUGAGGAAGCCGGAAGGGUCUUGGCUGCUCGACAACGAGAACGCCACCUGCGCUGGGCUCAGCCACCAUCCAGGGCCAAGUUCAGAGUGACCAGGGAGAGACUAAAGAAAGAGAGCCAGAUGCAGGCAUCCCUGAGAGACCUCUCCAUGCACAGCCUCACGCUGCUGCUGCUUCUGUUUAUAACAUAUGGGAGAUUCUGCCCAGGUGAAUAUUCUCUCAAUCAAGCCAUCAGGAAGGGAUUUACAAGAAAUGCCAGGCACUCCUUUGGGAACCUCAGCAGCACAGAUGACUGGUGGGACUGGACUGUGAGCACGCUGCUGGACGGGCUGUACCCAGAGGGACCUGCUACGGGAGCCUCGGGGACUCAGCCCGGAGCUCUCAGAGGGCGGUGCCAUCUAAUAGGCCCUUCUGUGAUCCAGCAGUGGAAGGUUUCUUCUGGUGCUGCGUGCACACCUCCCAGGCCAGUCUCAGAGCUCAUGGAAGAUGCACUAUCUACAAGUACUCAUGACCUUGACCUUGAGAACCGAAACGUGACCCCUGGUGGUCCUGAAGUCUGUGGAGAGAAGAAGGAGAGCUUCAUGCACAGUCUAGGAAGAACAAGGCAUGAAGCACACUCCGCCCUGACAGCCCUGAGGGCCAACAGGUGGAUAGACCAUAGCACCCGGGCCAUGUAUGUGCACUUCACUCUCUACAACCCUCCAAUGAGACUCUUCACGAGUGUGACCCUAGGUGCAGAGUUUCUCCCCACGGGAGGUCUUGUCCCCUCAUCCCUGGUAGAGUCAUUCAGCAUCUUCGACAGUGAUUCAGUCCCACAGUCCCUUCUUAUGCUUUCUGAGCUGGUGUUCCUGGUACUCAACAUGACCCACCUCUGUUUCCAGUUCUGGGAAAUGGCCACAAAGGGCGUCCUCAGCUACUGGAGAAAACCGAGACACUGGCUGGAGCUCUCUAUGGUUGGGGUAGCCCUGGCCUACUAUGCAGUCUCUGGUCACCUCACUACCCUUGCUGAGAAUGUCAAUGACCAGUUCCACAAAGGACUUCAUCAGAUGUUUGUGGACCUAAGUCGGAUGGUGUCAUGGAAUCAGAGAGCAAGAUGGCUCCGGGGAAGCCUCCUGUUCCUCUGGAUGCUGAAGGGUGCUCACCUCCUCGGUCUCCUAAACACCAUGGCAUCCUUCUCCGCAGUGACGCGUUCCUCUCUCUCCAGAGCCUUCGCCCCAGCACUCUUGGGGUCCCUGUUGCUGGCCGCCCAUUUCCACUUGUACCGGUUUCUGCUGUUCACCUGGACACCAUCACCUGGCGGCACCUCUACAGACGCAUUUCCUGGGCUGCUGCCUCAGUUUCUGGGAAUAAGCCACAGGGACUCACCGCACAAUCAUUUGGAGCCUGGCCGUCAAGCCGUGUCUUGUUACCGUGGGGCCCUUUUUCUGCUGGUGGCAACUCUAUGUUUCAGAAUGCUGAGGGCUUCCCUCCUGACUUUUUUCCGAAAAAGAAAGUCUUUUCACAGAAAAUCUCUCGUGACACUUAAAAAUCUUGCUGUUUAUGCGCGGCAUAAAUUCCUCGCUCUUCUGGGGCUGGAAGCAACAACUCUGGAGGAGACUGAGCUGGCUACGGACCAUAGUUACUACCUGGAUGAAUUUUCAAGUCUAUUGGAUGAACUUCUGGUGAAGAUUGAUGGCUUGUCUGACAACCUGGAACUUUCUAUCCUAGAGGAGCAAUGGAGGAGGGGAGUGGACUCAAGGGCAGUGGAUAGUCCUUCAGCUGGCCUUUCAGGGUGCCAAGCUACUGGGCAGACAAGAGAAUGAUAGUAAAGACAAGACUGUCCUAGACAUCAGGUUUCUCCAGCUCGCAGCCAUCUUCUCCCCAACUAUGUUUGCAAGAUGAACACUCCACACAAGACACCUGCUGAGCCCAGGCAGCUUCUGGCCAUCCUGAACUGCUCUUGUUUCCACCUCAUGAGAGUCCAACCUCACCCAUGAUGCUGAAACAUGUGUUUCUGUGCUACCAAGCUCUUGUAUGUAUGGAGGGGAGGGGGCUUUGCUCUUUCAGAUUCUGUAAGCUGAAAUCAUUUUGGAAGCUUAAGAACCAUGAAUUCUACAAGAUCACAGAAAUGUGUCUGUAUUCGUAAGCAGUGUAUCCUCCCCACACACAGACAAGACGUGUGUUGAGGACAAGCUGACCCAGGCACAGAGAUACGAGCUGCUUGAACUGUGAGGCACUUUCAGUGACCUUAUGGUUGAGUGAGUCAACAACUUGCUCCUUAAAAGCACAAUAUACAUUUCAGCAUAUUUUUUGCCAUGAACCACUCAGCAGUGUUUAGGUAGACUGUUUCUGGUAGACACAUUGGCAUAGGAAACAGUCAGCCAAUGGCUGAGGAGAUCUGUGUUACCAGCACACACUGCCAUCAUGAUUUGAUCUGAUGUGCACUCCUGGACAGACAUGUACCCCAUCUGCCUUGCUAGGAAAACAUCAGCAAAAUGUCUACUGUCAACAAGGUCUAAUUCCCAUUCAUCUGGAUGCACAUUUGCCAAUGGAGCCCAAAAAUAAAUGGAAAUAUUUGUGCAGGGGCCAGACCAUGGUCUAUUUUGGGUUCUUUUAGGUUCUUCAUUGACCUGAGGCUAGGAAAGAAUAUGUUUUCAAAGACUCCAGAUUUUCUCCACAGAACAACGAGUCCUGAUUUCAUCUCUUGAGAAGACCUUGUUCCUCAACAUCUUCUGUUAUUGUUGUUGUUCUUAAAAUGAGGUCAUCACUGUUCUUUGGUAAAAUUCUUCCCCAAACUUUAAGUCUUGCAUUGCAUUCAGGGUUGGUCUGCUUCAAGAAAACAAAGGUCUUGGAAAUCAGGGGAAGGGCUGAGCCUUGUAGUUUCACAGGGUCAGAGGCUACUUUUGCAACACAGGGGCCAAUCCUGAAAGUAAAAUUCUCAGAAGACAUAGAUCUACAAAUUAGUAAUGCCAUCUCCUGUCCCUAUUGCCAAACUGACAAACCUUGGGUUCUAGCUGCUCAGAGUACAAUACAAAUGAUAAAGAUCUUCAGUAACACAAAGUAAGCAUUCCAAUUCCGGGGUGGGGGUGAGGGAGAGGAGUGAGGGCCCAAUAAAAGAGUCAAAGCAAGAGGAAAACCCAGCAGGACAAACACUCGGCACGAAGCAUUUGUGAUGACAUCACCAGGCCUCCAACAGGCCUGUACUUACAUCCUUCCUCCUACAACACACAACGGCUCUCUCUUGGACUGGGUCUCCCUUGUUUCUGACAUCUCCAACAUCCUGGGAUGCACACUGCAAUUUGGGUUUCACCUGUCCAGCUUUGCACGAUGACCUCUCUGAAGGGACUCUGUCUGACCUUGCUAUACAUCGCCUGCCUCACCAGCCUUCCCUGAAGCCUCAUCACAAGUCUGGAUGACCCUGUAACUCCUACAUUCUGCAACACCUCCAAAGCCAACCCCAAGUGAACAACAAAAGCCAAGCUGUGCUUCCAGCUUGAGGCGCGGCCCGCUCCCCUGGGGCCACAGCUACAGCAGCUGCCUGUUUGGGCAGGGAAAGUACUUCCUCGGGUAGUCCUGUCUAAGCUGGUGUGUCCUAGAGGCUCCAUCUUCUCAGGAACUCUCUAUAAAUAUUUGGAUUGGAUUUUCAAUUUUACAGCCGGAGUUUUAUUAGAUUUUCAGUUUUACAGCCAGAGUCUUCCAAGUGUGAGAUCGGCCAUCAAGGUUCCUUUGCUAGUAUUCCAGUACAAAGUGAGCUGUUUCUCUUCAAGAAGACUAUUCUCUUUAAUAACUACAGUGCCUUUGUCAGCACUCACCUAAUUUAAACCUUAAAUACACUCAUAUUUUUUUCUUGGGCAAACCCCAUAUCAUUCAUAUCUUUCUGCUCUGCUUUUUGCUUUGAAUUCUCACUACAACUCAUAUUAAACACAUUGAGCGGCAACCAUUCCACAGUCCAAAUACUAUGUUGUUUUGAAUUUCCUUCAUCAAUUAGUUUUAAAUUAAGUUUCACUCAAAUGCAGCCAGGUUCUUUGUCAGAGUGUAACACAGUGGCCUCUCUUGAUUUCCAAGGCCUUCACUUCCACAAUAUCGUGGGUGUAUGCUGUCCACCAUGUAUUGUCCUAAGUACAGCAGAGUAUCAUCAGGCAUCGUUACAUUGACUUUUUCUCUCCAGUCCUUCUGUCUCUUCUAAUCUGCAGCUCCAAACUCUUCCACAUUCCUAUCACAAAGCAGUUCUUUUUAAAUUAUUUUUCAAGUGAAAAAUAAACACAUUAAAUACAUUA